AUGGAUGACCCGAAUGAAGUGAUACGUGAUCGGCUAUUGUGGGAUGAUGGGAUGGAGGAUGUGCUCAUUAAUUUCUUGUACGAUGAUUCCAUUGCCGGAAGAAUUCGGGCUGGAAAGAUCACCCACAAUGACCAUGUUUGGCUUGCUGAACGAUUGUCCGAUUAUGAGACGAAGAAGUUUAACUCUGAGCAAGUCAAAGGAAAAAUUGCUCGCCUGAAAAGAAGGCAGAGAGAAUUCACAGAUCUGAUGAAGCAAACAGGGUUGGGUUGGGAUCCAGAUAGGAAGGCUCCAGUGGCUAGCGAGGAACACUGGGCAAACGCAAUCAGGGUGAGAAACUCAUUCAAGAAUUUUAAGACUAAUGGAUGCCCUCGGUAUGAAGAGCUAUGUACUAUCUUUGGGUGUUCUUUUGCUAUGGGAACCCUCCAUCGAGCAUCGACUGAGCCCACCCCAACUAGUGAGGAGGAGGACCUACUUGACGAGGAGCUGCGAAACCGAGAAAGUCCAUGCCAAGAUGAUGAAGGGGGCCCAUUACCACCUUCUCCCAUGACCUUGGAGGCAAUUGAGAAAAGUUCUGCGGCGAGGAGAAUGGCCGUAGAGGAGUGGAGGGCCUCGAAGCGUAGUAGAGACAACAGCAUGGAGAUUGAAGGUGUUGUGUCUACCGAUACUCGUACGCACUGCUUUCAGUUGCUUGACAAAGUUGAGCCUCGCCUGCCUUUUGAUCAAUGGCACAAGGCCUUUAAUAAAUUAACCGGUGAUGACGACUUGCAGAGGUCAUUCGUUGCGAUCUCUGCGAAGCGCAGAGCAGAGUGGGCCUGGAAUUUAUAA